AUGGAUGGAAUUCCCGCCGAAUUGUACGAGAUGUUCGAUAGAGACUCGCUGCACGCUUUCUAUGAAUUUCUUACCACGAACUGGGAAGAAGAAAUGCCACAGGACUUCCGGGAUGCCACAAUAGUCGCCCUGUACAGGAACAAAGGAUCUCGAACUGACUGCGGGAACUACAGAGGUAUUUCACUGUUCUCAAUAGCCGGCAAAAUCAUUGCACGCAUCAUCCUGAACAGGCUGAUUGCAUCCAUCUCCGAACAGAACUUUUCAGAAUCUGACAGUCUACAGAGAGACACUGUGGGUCAUUCUUGGGAAACUAGGUUGCUCGAAGUUCAUCAAACUUACCCAACUGUUCCAGAAGUACUGUCAGAUGGCUGUACCUCGGAGAAAAUCAACUUCUCCAACAGUGUGAAACAAGACUGCGUCCACGCCCCGGUGAUCGUCGACAAAUCUGUGGCCACCGAGCUGUUUGGUCUGACAAUCAGCUUGGGGAAGACUGAAGUUCUCCCUCAGCCUGCACCUAUGAGUGUCUCACAGCCGACGUACAUUACCAUCGACGGCACUCAAUUGCAGAAAGUGGACGCCUUCAAGUACUUAGGAAGCACCAUCUCUAGCGACGACGUAUUAGACAAGGAAAUAACAGUCCGGAUCCAGAAAGCCAGCCAUGCAAUGGGAAGACUCCGCUCCUGA